ACCUCACUACUCUCUCUCUCUCUCACCUCCCUAAGUCUGCUCUUUCUUCUCCCCCGUUAUUUUGCUCUCUCUCAAACGAGAAUCACUUUCGAAGUCUCAGCAUCUUUAACGUUCUCCAUCUUUUUCAACAUCUUUAAUAUUCUCCAUCUUUUUCAACAAGCUACCCAAUUUCACAUCCGAUGGUCAAAUUAAUGUGAUCACCUUGUACCAAAGAUCACGUAGAAUGAUGCUAACGAGGGUGUUAUGCGGUUGAUUGUUGGAGGUGAAAGAGCAAAUGAAACUUCGGAGUAAAAGGGAUCAGAAGUAGUUAGUGUUCGUACUGAGUCGACCAGCGGAGAGGCAAUCUUGAGGGAGGAAGAGUAGGCAACUUCUCAAGGGAACAGAGACGCGGGCAAAAGAACUCUCCAGACUUUCAAACGCCUGCUGUAAGGAAAGAAAAAACCUACGCGUUCCUUCUGAUAAAAUCGUUUUUAUUUCAGGCCAGAAAUGAGUGCUUUGGGGAUAAACACUGGUUCGAGCUCAAAUCCAAGUAACCCAAAUAAAUCAGUGGAGGUGGUGCAGCCCCCAACUGAUGGGGUUUCUAGCCUCAAUUUCAGUCCAAAAGGCAAUUAUCUUGUGGCCGCUUCUUGGGAUAAUCAGGUUAGGUGCUGGGAGAUACUCCACACCGGUGGCAGUGUACCAAAGGCUUCAAUAACUCAUGAUCAGCCGGUUUUGUGCUCAACCUGGAAAGACGAUGGAACAACAGUAUUUUCAGCUGGUUGUGACAAGCAAGUUAAAAUGUGGCCUUUGAUGUCUGGUGGGCAACCAACAACAGUGGCCAUGCACGACGCACCAAUUAAGCAAGUUGAAUGGAUUCCUGAGAUGAGUUUACUUGUAACUGGUAGCUUGGACAAGACUGUGAAGUAUUGGGAUACUAGGCAACCAAACCCUGUGCACACUCAACAGCUGCCUGAGCGCUGUUAUGCCAUGAGUGUGCGACAUCCUCUGAUGGUCGUGGGAACUGCUGAUCGUAAUCUGAUCAUUUACAAUUUGCAAAAUCCUCAGACAGAGUUUAAGAGGAUCACUUCACCACUAAAGUACCAAACUAGAUGUCUUGCGGCAUUUCCUGACAAGCAAGGUAUUUUGGUGGGUUCAAUAGAGGGCCGAGUCGGCGUGCACCAUCUGGAAGAUUCACAGCAGAGUAAAAACUUCACUUUCAAAUGCCACAGGGAAGGCAAUGAGAUCUAUUCAGUCAACUCUUUAAACUUCCAUCCUAUACAUCAAACUUUUGCUACAGCUGGAUCUGAUGGUGCUUUCAACUUUUGGGACAAGGAUAGCAAACAAAGACUCAAGGCUAUGGCAAGAUGCAAUCAGCCGAUUCCCUGCAGCACAUUCAACAAUGAUGGUUCAAUAUUUGCAUAUGCUGUUUGCUAUGACUGGAGUAAGGGAGCAGAAAAUCAUAACCCUGCAACAGCUAAAACCAACAUUUUCCUCCAUACUCCACAGGAAUCAGAGGUCAAAGGAAAGCCACGAGUCGCAAGUGGAAGGAAGUGAUUUUUCUCAAGACUUUGUACUGUAAAUUUUUUAAUUUUUUUGACUCAAAUAUACCAAGAUCAGUUUUUGGGGUGGUUCGAAUUAGGGUCUCUCUUUCUUUCUAAUAUAGUGAUUUUCUCAAGACUUUGUACUGUAUAUUUUUUUAUUUUUUUGACUCAAAUCUACCAAGAUGAGUUUUUUGGGUGGUUCGAAUCAUGGUCUCUCUUUCUAGUAUGGUGAUUUUCUCAAGACUUUGUGCUGUAGAAUUUUUAUUUUUUGACUCAAAUCUACUAAGAUCAGUUUUUUGGA